AUGCUGUCGCAAAAUUGUACACCAAAUCUGAAAUUGCGUUUGGAUCUAGUGAAGAACCAACUAACAGUUCUAGAGGAAGACAGCCUUGCAGGGCUUCCGGCUCUAUAUACUCUUCGUCUUCACAGUCAGCAGCAGGGAAACGGUCUUACGACAAUACACUACAACGCAUUUAAAGACAUAAACGGCAAUCUUACAAAUUUGUGGCUGAGUGACAAUGCAUUGACCACCUUUCCUCAUGGCGUGUUGUCAGAACAACAAUACGACAAACUAGUCAAUGUACAGAUUGAUCAUAAUCGGAUUUUCAAUAUAACCCUAUACAGUGACAGGGACUUUCCUCCUAGGACCAAGACGAUACAUACAAAGAAAGAGAGAGCUUUUAAAUUAUGGAAAUCUACACCAUACAUUGCAACGUUGAACGCUGCUUACAAUGUUAUCCUAGGGAUAUCGCCGACUGAUUUGUGUGGUCUGCAAUACCUCCGAGACCUAAAGUUGGCAGCAAAUACCCUUCUGAAUAGUCAAACUUUCGGGGAUGGAACUGUGGAUUGUUUAAAGAGACUGUAUCGAAUAGACCUGAGCGAUACCAGUUUUUCGCUGGUGCCGACGAUGACUGAUAUGCCAAACCUACGAGAACUUAAAAUGAACCGAUGUGACCUCACUGCUUUACAGGCUGGCAUCUUCGGGGAUCUCCAACUGACACACAUAAAUAUGGAUGGCAAUAAGAUCAUCACAGUUGAAAACAACGUAUUUCCUCCAUCGGUUAUCUAUAUAUUUUUACAGAGCAAUUGCUUUAGAUUUACUCAUGACAAUCCGUUCACCAAUCUACUUAAUCUAAAGUAUCUUCACCUUGGUCAUAACAAGAUUGAUUACAUACCAGACACGGCAUUCCACAACUGUACCUCUUUGAGAACACUAUUACUUCACAGAAACAACAUCGGUUGGCUAUCUAAAGGCAUGUUCAAAGACAGUCCAUUAACUGAUCAUUUCUACGCCUAUGACAAUGAUAUCUCAUGUAUAGAGGAUGGUACAUUUAAUCACACUAGUCGAAUCAGCUUUCUGUAUCUGUAUAAUAACAAAUUGACAAGGUUACCGAUGGGCGGGGAUUUUUCAUCCAAAACUGUCGUCAUAUUGCAACUGCAAAAUAAUCGCUUCACAGAAAUACCAUCAGGAGUGUUCGAGGAUCUUACAAUAACUGGUUCCUCCAUCACUACUGUGAGGUCAGGUGCUUUCAGGAAUACCAGAUUUGGAAAGGAUUUUGACUUGAGAGGUAACCCACUAAAAACAAUAGAAACGGGUGCAUUUGAUUCUUCGACGUUUAAUAUGAUAUACUUACAAGGUAACAAGCUAACCAACCUGACGAAUUCAGUAUUUGCCAACGCGUCUAGUAUCAAUGGUAUUUUAGAUCUUGGUAUGAACGAAAUAACAACUGUUGCAAGUGAAGCAUUCGAUGGGUUAACAUCGGUUUCAUCAAUCUUUUUAAACGAUAAUGACAUUGGAGAUUAUCCAACGGCUGCCCUUGCCAAUCUAGGAAUUAAGCACGUCAAUAUUUCCAACAACAACAUCACGGAAUUGAGCCUAGUUGCAUUUCGGGACCAGAACGACCUGGUCACGGUGAAUAUGACUGGAAAUAGGGUUACAAGACUACGUAAAGGAACAUUGUCAAAUCUGGCCAACAUGCGAACACUAUUGUUGAGCAAUAAUCUCAUCAGCUACAUCGAACCGGGUUCGUUUUCAGGUCUCUAUUCCGUUGAACAAAUUGAUCUGGCUGACAACGAAAUUUUCUUUUUUCCUGCAAUGGAGAAUUUGACGGACCUAGCUUUAAUUGAUUUAAGCAACAACCAUCUCAAAACAUUUGAAAUUGCUGCUUUUGAUGAGUUGGCAGACAACAAGGCUUUUAUGACACUGUACGUGUAUGAAAUGAAUUAA